AAAUAUAUCAGCAUAGCCCUCAAGCAGACAGGGCGACACAGCUUUUGUCCAAAUUGUGCUUUCGUUGUUCUGGCACCACUCGGUGACGCUUCUUCUAAUCCAUUUCUAGGGUUACGAUUUCCAGACCCCCAAACCGCUCUAUCUCUACAUUUUCUUCAAAGUAAGGAUCUUGACGAUGAUGCAACAACCAGGAACGACCUUGGUUCCUCCACAAAUGGCGCCUCCAACCGUCCCCCACCAACAGAGCCACUUCCAAUACCAACAGCAACAACAGCCAUGGAUGAUGCCCAAUCACCACCACCAACAACCACCACAACAACCACCUUUCCAACAUCCGCAGCCGCAGCCGCCGAUGUAUUAUCACCAGCAGCAACCACCGUCUCAGGCGGCUCAAUCGCAGUUCCCGGCCAGCUCCGACGAGGUCCACACGCUCUGGAUCGGCGAUCUCCAGUACUGGAUGGAUGAACAAUAUCUCGUCAACUGUUUCGCCCAGAUUGGCGAGGUGGUCACUGCGAAAGUUAUCCGUAACAAGCAAACUGCUCAAUCGGAAGGUUAUGGGUUUAUUGAGUUUGGAAGUCGUGCUGCUGCAGAAAGAACUUUACAAACAUAUAAUGGUACCUUGAUGCCAAAUGUUGAGCAGAAUUACAGACUGAACUGGGCAUCGUUUGGUGCUGGUGAAAAGCGUUCAGAUGGUACCCCUGACUUCACCAUAUUUGUUGGAGACCUAGCAUCUGAUGUUACAGAUUACAUGCUACAAGAGACGUUCAGGUCCCAAUAUCCCUCAGUUAAGGGUGCAAAGGUUGUAACUGAUAGGAUGACCGGACGGGCGAAGGGCUAUGGGUUUGUCAGGUUUGGAGAUGAAAGUGAACAAUUACGUGCUAUGACCGAGAUGAAUGGAAAGUUCUGUUCAACCAGGCCCAUGCGUGUUGGGCCAGCUGCUAACAAGAAGAAUGUGGCUUCAUUUCAGAAUACACAAGGAACUCAGGAUGAGGCUGAUCCAAAUAAUACAACUAUAUUUGUUGGUGGUGUGAAUGAAAGUGUUUCGGAUGACCAACUCAGGCAAGUUUUCAGCCCAUAUGGGCAAUUAGUCCAUGUGAAAAUACCAGCGGGCAAGCGAUGUGGGUUUGUUCAAUUUGCUGACAGACAUUGUGCUGAGGAAGCACUGAGGAUGUUAAAUGGAACUCAGUUGGGUGGUCAAAAAAUUCGGCUUUCAUGGGGUCGUAGUCCUUCAAGCAAACAGUUUCCGUCUGUUGGCUUUGUUCAGUCUCAACCAGAUCCAAGCCAGUGGAAUGGGGGAUAUUAUGGAUAUACACCUGGAUAUGAAACUUAUGGGUAUGCCGCAGCUGCUCAAGAUCCCAAUCUGUACUACAGAAACUAUCCUGGAUAUGGAAACUAUCAGCAACCCCCCCAGCAGCAGUAGAGUGUAUUUCUGGUUCAUUUGGCUGCAAAAGAUGGUGGAUGGUGAUUGACGUCAUAUCUGUGAAGAGGAAGACUAUGAAAGUUCUAUUUGCCCAUAAUGUAGCAUACUUUGGCUAAAUCACUGGUUGUUGACUUCAUUUCUGUACCUAGUGUUUGGAGGAUUCUGUACUUGAGAGUUGUCUUUUUUGUAACUUGCAUGCUACUUCAUUCUUGAUCCGUCAAAAUUUUCUUUUUCCUGUUUGUCCUAGUCAUACAUACCUGUUUGCUCACCUUAUUACCAUUUA